AUGUCUUCCUCUUCCUCCUGUUCAGAAUCAGCUUCCUCUUCUGUUGUCUACGACCAUGAGCCAUUCGCUACCUUCCGUCUCCGCGUAUUAGAACUUGCGCAAAGCAUAUGGGUCGGGGCCUCUCCAGAAGAAAUCACCAUAGAGCGGAUGGCAGGAGGAGGAUUCAAUCGGAUCAUUGGCCUCUCUCGAACAAUCGGUAGCCAAGAAGAAGAGAAAACCCAGUACGUUUUGCGGGUCCCACGAUUCGACGCGGCGCAGUUGGAUCGCGAAGUCGCCGUGCUACAAUUUGUGCGGCGCUAUUCAGAGAUUCCAGUGCCAGAAGUUGUGGGAUUCAAUGAGACGAGCAACAACGUAUUGGGGGACCCUUACAUGGUGCAAAAGCGUGUUCCAGGAUUUGAUCUGUACUCCUCCUUCCCCAAACUCGACCAUACGAGUAAAUGCAGGAUCGCGCAACAACUCGGGCUCUUCUUUCGCCAGAUGCUGUCCCUGCGGAGCCAGGUCGCAGGAGUGUUGGUACUCCCACCGGACAAUAAGAGCUUGGAGGCGCCCCUUCAAGUCGCGCCGUUUUGCGGAACAGAUCCAUCAUCCUCUGCUGGUCUCACCCUACUGCGAUGCACCGGCAACACAAAGCAUGCGUGA